AUGCGCGAAACUGCAGCGAACAAAACAUUAUAACGUUACAUCAUUAGUAGUAUUAUAACGACAGUAUUAUAAAUACCUGCCGUAUAAAUAAAACCUGCCUUAUAGAUAAAACCUGCUGUAUAAAUAAAACCUGCCGUAUAGAUAAAAACUUGCCGCAAAUCUUUUCGCCAUUCUUCAGACAAGAAGUAGACGAAUUUCCGCACAUGCGCAGUACGAACCGCGAAAAGCAAAGUGACCGAGUAAUGGCCACUAAAAAGACUACAGCUGUCCGGAAAGUACUGAAAAAUGCCUCGCAAGACUCCUCAAAUUUGGCAUCUGGAAACGAUGACAGCUGUGCAAACAACAGUGGAGCAAAAAGAAAAACCAAACCUUCGGGGACAAUCGUGAAGUCUCGUUAUAUGCAGACUGAAAAGAAGUCUGUUGUAAAGAAAACUACCCCAAAUGAGUCUGUCCUUGUGCCACCCAGACCUGCUUCACCUAAAGUUGCUAGUGGCCACAAGCCACCGAGACGGACAUUACAUGUUCAGCCUGAUCAGAACUGUGUGUCAGUAAUACCCAGCCUUUUAGAGUCUUCAAAUCUUGGUGGAAAUGUCUUACAGUCAACCAUCCUGGAUGGUCACUGCAUGCGUCCAGACUUUGAUCUCUCCGUCAUUAAAGCAAAUGCAUCACCAGCAUCACAACCAAGUGCAGCGGACCCCAAUGCUAAAAACAGGAACCUGGCGUUAGAAACUUUUCUGCUGGCCUUCCUCACUGCUAAGAUUGAAAGCAACACACAAAAACUUAAGGAGGAGGCCGAAAGAAACCUCAUCACUCUGAUGGAAGAAGAGGAAAAGCUGCGUUCGAGCUUCAUGAACAAGAAGCAGAAGUGUCUUCUUCUCGAAAAGCAGCAGCAGCUCAACGAUUUACUCGACCAGCAGAUUGACGCGUUAACACCUGUCGCUGCAACCGCCAAGAAAUUCACAGAGGAGUACAAGACCUUUGCGUCAGCUAUAGACACGACACGGCACGAGCUACCAAUAAAGAACUUGCACAUUGAAGGAGAUAGAGAGGAGUUUCUGGAUAAAGCAGUUGCCUGUCUAAAUCAGAGUCAGUGUAUCUUGGAGGAGUACACAAAGGACGUUUCCACCGAGAGUGAAAGCACUGCAGCAUGCCUUAAAGAGAUAAAAAGUGCAGCACAUGAGAUUAACCAGCAUCUGCUCAGUACGUCUUCUGAUCUGUUGGAACUGUCCUCUCUAGUGAGUCAGGAGACGGUGCUGGUCCAGCAGUGUUUGGAGGAAGAUAAAAUUGGAUUUAAUACAGCACAAAGUCUCUUUUCAGAAUAAAGGCAUUUUUAUUUUUGUAAAUAUGUAGAGUAAUUAUUAAAGCAUUUGAAU